AUGGGACUAAGGGUAUAUAAAUACCCUAAUAAUGUACAAGUGGGUUCAGACUUCCAUAAGGAAUUAUUGGAAGUCUUUAAUAAUUGUGGACUGGAUGUUUUAAAAUUAAUAAUUAAGAAGAAUGUUAGAACACAGGAGAAAUUGCAGAAGGAAAUUGAUGAAUUAGAUAAAUACAUUAAGGAAGAUCUGAUUUUUGGGAUAAAGGAAGAAAAGGAUAAGUAUUAUAAAGUGAGAAAUGAUAUUGAUACAAAAUGCAGUGACUUGAUUGUUAGAAAAAUGAAUAAACUGAAGAGGGACAUACAGGAAUAUGAGAAUAAUGUUAGUUACCCUAAGCCACCUUAUACCAAUAAGAGUACUUAUGGACUGAAUAAAAGGGAGAAAGGGGUACGGUUGGAUCGUGUCAGAGGAGGUCGCCAGAAAUACAAGAGAAGGUUGGAUUCAGACAGCAGCCCGUACAUUAGCCUUCAGUUACCUCCUCCAGCCAAGAAGCCAUUGACCAAGAUUGUUUGUCACCUGCUAGUAGCUGAGCCUGAGAAGAUUUAUGCCAUGCCAGAUCCCACAAUACCAGAGAGCGAUAUCAAGGCACUGACAAUGCUGUGUGACCUGGCAGAUCGAGAGUUGGUAGUCAUUAUUGGCUGGGCCAAACACAUCCCAGGUUUUUCCAGUUUGACACUUGGGGAUCAAAUGAGCCUACUGCAGAGUGCUUGGAUGGAGAUCUUGAUCCUUGGAAUUGUCUACCGCUCUCUCCCUUAUGAAGAUGAGCUGGUCUAUGCAGAAGACUAUAUCAUGGAUGAAGAACACUCCCGCCUGACAGGGCUUUCCGAUCUUUAUUAUGCCAUCCUACAACUUGUACGCAAGUACAAGAAGCUGAAAAUGGAGAAGGAAGAGUUUGUCACACUGAAGGCCAUUGCCCUUGCUAAUUCAGAUUCUAUGCAGAUAGAGGAUGUAGAAGCAGUACAGAAGCUCCAGGACCUGCUGCAUGAAGCACUACAGGAUUUCGAGACCAGUCAACACCAAGAGGACUCAAGGAGGGUAGGCAAGCUGCUGAUGACGCUGCCACUACUGCGACAGACUGCCACCAAAGCUGUUCAGCACUUCUACAGCAUUAAGCUACAGGGCAAGGUCCCCAUGCACAAACUUUUUCUUGAGAUGCUGGAGGCAAAAGUCUGAUACACUGCCAUGUCUGGCCCACUCAGCUAAAACAAAGACAAAUGACUCCUAUAACUUAAGUGGUACAAGCUGUUAUGGUUCUGUUUCAGAGCUUGGGUCACACCUCAUGUUUUCCUUAGUACUUGCUCUUGGAGUUAAUUUCUGUUCAGUCCUGCACUGGCUUGUAAUAGUGACACUAUGUUAAUGAGAGAUAACAGGAUGUGCAGAUAGGUAAUGCUGGAAAAGGAAACACACACUGUGUAUUGACUUAGGAAACUCUUGCUAUACCAAGCAUUACUGAGAUUAAACUAGAUUAAUUUCUGCCGGUGACAGUCUAACAUGUACACUUGGAGGAUGGUGACAAGAUGAAUAUCACAAAAAACAUACUGUAGCCCUAAACCAGCACUGUCUAAAAGAAAUGUGCCUAGAACAGGUCCACCCUUUACAUUUACUUGGAACACAACUCCAUCUACAGGAAAUCUCAGGACAAGUAUGGAAAUGAGAUGACAUUAAAAAAUCGUACUUUUCAAUCUGAACAAAAUUAUGCAGAAAUAAAAUAUGUGCAUAUAUGUGUGCAUGCAUGUGUCUGUGUGGAUCUGGUUGCAGUACUUGCCUGCAUCUACAUAUGUGGCUUUGUAUGCAUGCGUACAUUAUGCAUGAUUAUGUCUGAGUGACAAAAACAUGUGUCUGUGCAUUUGUAU